CGAGCGCCCGGCGGGGCGGGGUGCUGCUCGGCGGGCAUGGCCCGAGCCCUGCUGCUUCUGCCCCUGCUGAUGGCGGGUGCCUGGGUAGGCCCGCGGUCCCCGGCGGCCUGGAGCCAGGAGGCGCCGCAGACCCCGGACUGGAGGAUGACGCUGAAAACCAUCCGGAACGGCGUGCACAAGAUCGACGUGUACCUCAACGCGGCGCUCGACCUCCUGGGCGGCGAGGACGGCCUCUGCCAGUACAAAUGCAGCGACGGAUCAAAGCCCUUUCCUCGCUAUGGAUAUAAGCCUUCACCGCCAAGUGGUUGUGGAUCACCUCUAUUUGGAGUUCAUUUUGACAUUGGUAUCCCUUUGAUGACAAAGUGCUGCAAUCACCACGAUAGAUGUUAUGAUACUUGUGGCAAUAAAAAAAAUGACUGUGAUGAGCAGUUUCAGUCCUGCCUCUCCAAAAUUUGCAGAGAUGUGCAGAAAACACUUGGUAUAUCAGAGAAUGUACAGGCUUGUGAAUCAAUCGUUCAGCUGUUGUUUGAUGCAGUUAUACACUUAGGAUGUAAGCCAUACCUUGACAGCCAGAGAGCUUCAUGUAUGUGUCGCUAUGAGGAUAAGACAGAUCUCUGAAAGGUGUGAAUGUCCAGCAGUUAGGAAUGAAGUAAAACAACUGGAAUGAAACAAAUGUUUUACGCUUCUCAGGCCUGACACAAAUGCUCUUUUUAAAAAAAAAAAAGAGACUAUCACGAAGUCAUCCAUAAAAGAGAAGGACCAAUUCACGAAGAGUAGGUGCAUGAAGACCAGCUUCAGCCCCAUCACCCAGAUCUUGAUGAAUUGGCAGGCUGACUUAUCAAAGACUCAAAGACAGAGUCAACAGCCAGAUGGAAGUCGCCACUGUAUUCCAGGUCUACUCGAAGCUCAGCUCUUCGGGGCAGCUCUCCUCAUUGCCGACCAGCAGCCAGAUGAGUCUGCUGGCUUUGAAGAUGGGCAGGAUAUUGCCCAGAUAGAGUCCCUGAAGCUGAGCUCCUCCAGCACCUUCCCUGUCAACUUGGUCUGGAGCAGCUUCUCAAACUCUGCCUUAAUCUUAUUCAUCACCCAGUUUCUGACUGGGGCCAUGCCCCUGAGCUUCCUGAAGAGGAAGAUGGCAUUGAGGAGGUGGCACAUCUCAUUGCUGGAGGUGGGAUCUGGAGAGGGGGUUCUGGCUGCUGUGGUAGCAUAGUGCUGGGCUCCAGGCCUGUGGUGAGAGCUGAGGCAGCCAGCACUGAUGCCGGCACUUGGCUCUGGGGCUGCCUAGCUGCCUGGUGUAUAUGAGGCCAUCUUCAGCUCUGGCCAUUCUGGGAGGCUCCAGCAAAGAAGCAGGUAGCCAGCACCAAGACAGGAUGUCAUACACCAGCAGCGUCAUUGCCUCAAGUGCACCAAGCCUCACAGUUGAGAUGUCUCCUGAGGGGAGAUCUUAUCCCUGCAGCCCUGUGCCACACAGGAGAGCCUGAAAAGCUGUUUGUGCUGCUCACCAGUUAUGGGGUAAGAUGAAUGACUCAUAGUCAUACUUUGUUUUUAGGCGCGUGCUCAGUUGGCACUCAGCUGCUGAACCAGGUGCCUUCUAUCCAUUCUUUCAGCCUCCCAGUUUGAGACAGAUUUGUGGUCGUUAAACUGUUUUAGAGUGUUACCAGUACUGUCCUUCAUUGUCUUUCUGUACAAGGCCAGGCUGAAGGAGGAAGUUGAGAGAAAGAAAGAAGGGUUGGGGGGGGAACACCAUCAUAUGAGUGCUGUCCCUGCGGUGGCAGGAGGGGUUCUGGAGGUUUUCAGGAAAUGUGCAGAUGCAGCACUUAGGGACAUGGUUUAGUGGGCAAGGUGGUGGUGGGUUGAUGGUUGGACUAGAUGAUCUUGGAUGUCUUUUCCAACCUUAAUGACUUAUAUUAAACACUGACAUGAAUGUAUUGGUUUGAAAGUCACUACACUAUUCUUCCUCGCGUUUAGAAAACAGAAAAAAAAGUGUUAAGUCUUCCUUAUCUUUACACUACAAAUUGGAAACUGAACUUAGACUCUUCUAGUGUAUGUACAUUUAGGGUAUGCUACUGUAAAACACAAAUGCUAUUUUCAAUUAUAAAAAAAAAAAAAAAAAGGAAACUGCAUGGGGGGAAAUCAGAGGUGCAGAAGGGUUGAAUCUCGGAUUACUUCUAAUAUAGGCCAAGUGCUAGGUUUCCACACAGCUGAUGUAUCUGAUAGAUAACAAUAAGAGAGUUCUGCAGUUAAAAUAGCACCUUGAAUAGCCCUUCACUUUGAAUAGAUACCUUCAGAUCUCUCUGAUGUACUCUGUCCUGUGGUUUGUUUUAAAACAAAGAAAAAAGCCCUAAGCAAGAUAUAUAUGUGCACUAUAUAUUUCUAACUGAUCCAGUAAUUAACUUCUUCAGCACUCUUCAGAUAAGUAUGUUGAUCCUUUUAAGGAUUGACUCCUAAAGUGAACAGUUUGUGACCUAAGGAUAUACUUCUGAUUUGACAGAAUACUGGAAUGUGGUUGUAAUGUUACAUAAGUUUAGAAAGGAUUCAAGUCUUUAUUUUUCAAAUUAAACAAUGCAUUGUGUAUUAUAUGUGUAGAAAGGAUAUAUUGUUCAAAGAGGUUGAUUUAUAUUUUUCUCAUGGCACAACUUAGCUACUGUAUACAUCUUUGCUUUCAUUUAGUCCAUUCUGAUUGAAAAUUAGAAGAUUCCACAGGUAGGGUCAGUGAGCCCAAGAAACCUUUUUAUUUAAAAUGCCCUCUGUGAUGCUGAUAGAAAUUUGAGCCUUUAUUUCUGUCACCUUUUCCCAUGACCUCUGUGAGGCUGACAGACAUCUGAGCCUUUAUUUCUGUCAUCUCUUCCAUACUGCUCUAGCUGAAAUCAUCUGAUGUCUGAAUUAUUUGGGGUUUGCCCUCUGUACUGAUUUUCUGUUGCUAGUCUCCAGUUGUCAGACCUCAGUUGACUUUUGCAUUGAGUCAUGUCCUGCUGCCAUGAUUUGCCUUAGAAAUCCACAGAAUAUGACUGAAAAUCAAAGUACUGCAUCCAUGAGCAGGGAAAAUAAACUAUGCAGAAAGUUUAAAGUUCACUUAACUCACAGAUUGCAAUGCCAUUUCUCUUCUGGAAGUAUUUUUAUAUGUUUUUGCUUUACUAUUUUUUUGUGGUAUUUUUUUUUUCACUGAAGCUUAUGGUACAUGACACAAUAUAAGUGUCUUAUACAAUAAAAUUCCUGCCAAAGUA